UCCACACCGUUGGAGAGAUUGGCCUUUUCCCAUUUCCACCUCUCUCUCUCUCCUUUCUUCUUUCUUCUUUCCCUCAGCGUCACCUGUAAGCAUCAGCACAAAUCCAUCAACCAUUGUUCUUUUGAGUCAAUAUCUCUUACAUUUCUUCUUUAGAUUAACAUCUGCCUGAUCGCACAGAAGUUGGUGAAUAUCAUCUUGUUACGAAUAAUAAAUCUUCCCUCUGCGUUACGGGUUUUAAAUGGUAAGCGUUUUGGAGAUCGUAGAUCAGAUUCAUUACAUUCGUCGUAGAUCUGGGUAUAUAUGAUAAUCACCGACCCAGAAACCUCCAAUUUGAUUUCAAUCUGAUCGAUCAUGUCGAGUCACCAUGGCGUGGAGCACGUUGGUUUACCCACGCAGAUGAAAUCAAAACAGGGCUCCUGCAACCCGUUCAAGAAACCCGGACCCGUUUCCAUGGAUCACGUUCUUCUAGCUCUCCGCGAGACGAGGGAAGAACGGGAUUUGCGAAUCCGGAGCCUAUUCAACUUCUUCGAUUCUGAGAAUGUUGGGUACUUGGAUUGCGCGCAGAUCGAGAAAGGGCUGAUCGCGCUUCAAAUCCCAAGUGGGUACAAGUACGCCAAGGAGCUGUUUAGGGUUUGUGAUGCGAAUCGAGAUGGGCGUGUGGAUUAUCACGAGUUUCGUCGGUACAUGGAUGAUAAGGAACUCGAGCUCUAUAGAAUUUUUCAAGCUAUUGAUGUUGAGCACAAUGGUUGCAUUUCUCCCGAGGGACUCUGGGAUUCACUCGUUAAGGCCGGAAUUGAGAUAAAUGAUGAGGAGCUCGCUCGCUUUGUGGAGCACGUUGACAAGGACAAUGAUGGAAUCAUACUGUUUGAAGAAUGGAGAGAUUUUCUUUUGUUGUAUCCUCACGAAGCCACCAUCGAAAACAUUUACCAUCACUGGGAAAGAGUGUGUCUUGUAGACAUUGGAGAACAAGCUGUUAUCCCGGAAGGAAUGAGCAAACAUGUAAAGAGAAGCAACUACUUCAUUGCAGGUGGCAUAGCCGGUGCUGCUUCUAGGACUGCGACUGCACCUCUGGAUCGCUUAAAAGUCCUUUUGCAAAUUCAGAAAACCGAUGCUAAAAUCCGAGAUGCUGUAAAGACGAUAUGGAAUCAGGGUGGGGUUCGGGGUUUUUUUAGAGGUAACGGGUUGAAUAUAGUGAAGGUAGCACCAGAGAGUGCCAUCAAGUUCUAUGCGUAUGAGCUUUUCAAGAACGCUAUUGGUGAAAACAUGGGUGAAGACAAAGCGGAUAUCGGCACUACCGCUAGACUUUUUGCUGGAGGUAUGGCUGGUGCAGUGGCUCAAGCCUCUAUAUACCCUCUGGAUCUUGUGAAAACGCGGUUGCAGACAUGCACUAGCCAAGCAGGUGCUGCUUGUCCCCGGAUUGGAACGCUCACUAAAGACAUAUUGGUUCAUGAGGGUCCACGUGCCUUCUACAAAGGUCUUUUCCCUUCACUUCUCGGGAUUAUUCCUUAUGCCGGUAUCGAUCUUGCUGCAUAUGAGAAAUUAAAGGAUUUGUCCAGGACAUAUAUUCUUCAAGAGGACGCCGAACCAGGUCCGCUCAUUCAACUAGGAUGUGGAACCAUCUCAGGAGCUCUUGGAGCAACCUGUGUUUAUCCUUUACAGGUUGUUAGAACAAGAAUGCAAGCGGAGCGAACAAGGACGUCAAUGUCUGGAGUAUUCAGGAAGACAGUAAGUGAAGAAGGGUACAAAGCACUCUACAAAGGGCUUCUACCGAAUCUUCUAAAGGUUGUUCCUGCUGCAAGCAUUACGUAUAUGGUCUACGAAGCAAUGAAAAAGAGUCUUGAACUUGAUUAAUGACUUCAUUUUGAUAUUGACGAAAGAGUGGAAAUAAUAAAAAAGAGAACCUAGUUAAAACUAGGUUGUUUUUAACAUGCUUGAUUCUUCUAAUCAUCAUUUGUAAUGAGAUUAAUAUACUUUAAUGUUGUUGUUUCUUUAAACAUUUUUUCUUAUUGUA